GUAGCGAGGUGCUUGCAGUUAAGUCAAAGAUAGAGGUACUGUGACUAAAGAUAUAAUUAGCAAUGUCCGGCAACAAUACUUUUUCCUUUGGAUCGGGUUCCAACUCAAACUCUCUCUUUGGCAAUGCAAAUAAAGACAAUACUAGCAAACCGGCAUUUAACUUUGGUUCAGCAUCCAACGCGAACUCGGCCACCAACCCUUCAUCCGGAGGGUUCAACUUUGGAAACACACCAACACCAAAUACAGCAGCAACAACUCCUUCUUCGAACUUUGGCUUUGGUUCAAAGGCAGAAGCAACAAGCGGUACUGCUAGCAAUGCUUCUAAGCCGUUUUCUUUUGGUUCGAGUUCUAAUACAGCUGGUGCUCCUUCCUUUUCUCUGAAUAGUUCAGCUGCUCCAUCGAAAUCGUUAUUUGGCGGUGCAGGAGCAUCAUCAACGGCUGCGCCACAAAAAACACCAGGUUCAUCCCUUUUCGGUGGAAGCACAACAUCUUCUACGCCAUUUUCAUUUGGCGGAAAUGCUGCGGCUGCGGCUACGGCAACAUCAACCAAUACACCAUCAUCCUCAACAGCCCCAGCUGCCACUGCACCUAAACCAUUUUCCUUUGGCUCAUCUACGACACCUACCACAGCGGUACCCGCAUCUAACUCUACAUUUUCUUUUGGCGCAAGUGGUUCUAAUGCAGCUUCAUCACAAACACAGAAACCUGCCUUCUCGUUUGGCUCCAAUUCAGCUGCCGCAGAGCCAAAAAAGGAAGAGCCCAAACCAGCGUUUAGCUUCGGAUCAUCAUCUUCAGGUGCACCUACCACAGGCACACCGUCUACAGCCGAAAAAAAAAACACGACGUCUGGGUUUUCUUUCGGAUCAACUGCUCAAAAUGCAAAUCAAACACCAUCAACUACAUCUACUUCUAAACCUGCUUUUUCUUUUGGCUCCGGUACGUCCAGUACGACGCCAGCUACAUCUGCAGCACCAGCUUCAAAGACAUCAUUUUCUUUUGGCUCUGCUGCUUCUAACACUGCUCCGGCUACAUCAGCAGCAUCAGCUUCAAAGCCAGGCUUUUCAUUUGGCUCUACUGCUCCUUCCACUACACCAGCUGCAACAGUAACACCAGCUUCAAAGCCAGGUUUCUCCUUUGGUUCUAAUUCUACAGCAGCAGCACAGGACACUCCUAAAACUGCAGAUUCUAAACCUGCAUUUUCAUUUGGUAGCUCAGCCUCAAAUGCAGAAGAGAAAAAGAAAGCGGAACCAGCAACCACAAAAUCUGUUGGAUUUGCUCUUGACAGUAAAAACGAUACGGCUAAGGAUUCCACAGAAAAGAAGAGUUCAUUUGACAUUUCGACAGCAAGUAAAGACAAGGUUCCUGUGAAACUCGAGGAUUUCAAGCCACAACAGUUAUCGAUAAUGAACAAGAGUAUUGAAGAUCUAAUCACCAGAUGGACCAACCAACUUUCACUAUCUGGUAAAACCUUUGAAACCUACAGCGAGAGGAUAAAUGAAUGGGACAGAAUCUUAGUAAAUUCAUCAGAUACUGUGAGUAAAUUGUACAAUGACACUAUACUAUGUGAACAGAAACAAGAGAAGAUAGAUCAAACUCUUGCUUACAUUGAUAAGCAGCAGGAUGAACUUGAUCGUUUACUCUCAGGGUAUGAGAGACAGGCAGAAAAGUUGUCAGCUUCCAUUGAGAAGUCGGCACCUUCACUAGCCAGCUCUAUCUCUGGUAACAAUAAAGAAACAAAUGACGAGGCACGUGAGAAAGCAUACAAGUUAGCAGAAAUGCUAGAAAGUAGACUUGAUUCAUUAGGAUCCAACUUUUCAUCACUUGUUAGCGAAGUGAAUGACGUCAGCGUUAACUUCAACAAGACUUUGAUGAACACUGAAUCAUCAGGUGAAGGAGAACAGACUCUGAAUGAUAUAUUGAAGCUAUUGAAUAACCAUAUGGAAUCGCUCAGCUGGAUCUCUGAAAAUGAGAAGCACUUGAAAGAGAAGCUUGAAAAGCUGUCUGUAUCUAGAGUAUAAUAUGACGACGCAAUUACUUUUUUUCUUUAGUUUUUACAUUAAUAACCUUUUCAACUAUAAAUCUGUUCUAAACGGAUGGAGAGCAUUCGACUUA